GGAGGGGCAUCAAGAGCUCACGAAUUGGCGACUUGAGAAUCAAGGCUUAUGAGAUUUUUGACACAUCUACACAUGUGGUAAGCGUGCAGCCGCAUACUGAAAUUAUUCAAACAGACUACUGUCCUUGAACAAGAGUAUCGAUCUAGUACGAAAAAUCCUCACGAUCCGUCCUCCUCACAUGCCGAAGCACCGCUGCUAAAGGCUCCUGUUAAGCUGUUGUUUCAUUCCAUCAAAGUUCUCUCUCUAGAACAGUAACAGCAACCAAGAGUUUCUCAGUGAUCGGGACUCAUCGUACCCGCGCCAUGGAGGAAGACCGGGUUUUGGCCGACUUGGGCAUUGCUGCCGAGAUCGAAGAAAAAGAGAUCCAGGAGAAUGUGGUCAAACAACCCAAGAAGCGCUUCGUAGGGAGGCGGGCUGCCGGUGAGGCUGCGAAGUCUAGUUCGGGGGCCACCUCGAUCGAGGAUAGCGGGGCCAUUCAAGUUGCUCAGCCACGACGGGCGCCGAGAAUGCUCAACCAAGUGCCCCCUGAAAUACUAAACGACGAGGCCUUGAAGGCGGCAAUGUCCCUUCUCCCAGCGAACUACUCUUUUGAGAUACCCAAGACGGUUCACCGCAUCCGUUCACUAGGUGCCAAGCGCGUGGCCCUGCAGAUGCCCGAGGGCCUCCUCCUGUUCGCCACCACCAUUUCCGAUAUCCUCACCGAGUUCUGCCCGGGAAUUGAAACUCUGAUCAUGGGCGAUGUCACGUAUGGAGCGUGUUGUAUCGACGACUACACGGCGCGGGCUAUGGGGUGCGACCUGUUGGUGCACUACGCCCACAGCUGUCUAAUCCCGGUGGAUGUCACCAAGAUCAAGACGCUAUACGUCUUUGUCGACAUAAGCAUCGACACAUCGCACCUACUCGCUACGCUUGAGCGGAACUUCUCCCCCGGAAAGACGGUUGCCCUGGUCGGGACGAUACAGUUUAACGCCACAAUCCACGGCGUACGAUCAACGCUGGAGAAGGCGGGGUUCAAGGUCAUUGUGCCCCAAAUCGCGCCUCUCUCCAAGGGCGAGAUUCUGGGUUGCACCUCACCAAACUUGUCCACAUACACUGACAACCUCGUGGACUUAAUCCUGUACCUGGGUGACGGGCGCUUCCAUCUAGAAAGCAUCAUGAUCCACAACCCCGACAUUCCCGCCUACCGAUACGACCCAUACUCCCGCAAGCUAACGCACGAGACGUACGGGCACACCGAGAUGCAGGAUAUCCGGCGAGACGCUAUCCGGACGGCGAAGAAGGCCAAAAAAUGGGGCCUGAUCCUUGGUUCGCUGGGACGCCAGGGGAACCCGCACACGAUGGCUCUAAUCGAGAGCAAGUUGAAACAGAUGGGCAUCCCGUUCGUCAACUUGCUGCUGAGCGAGAUAUUCCCGGGCAAGUUGGCGAUGAUGAGUGAUGUCGAGUGCUGGGUCCAGGUGGCGUGCCCACGGCUGAGCAUUGACUGGGGAUAUGCCUUCUCGCGGCCACUGCUGACGCCGUACGAGGCGUUGAUAGCGCUGGAGGAGAAGGAGGACUGGGGGAAGGGCCCGUACCCGAUGGAUUAUUAUGGCAAGGAAGGACUUGGGAGGACUAAACCAGUUGUUGUAGGGACUAGGUAGAAUAACAUCGCAAGACCGUCCACCCAUUGUACACAAC